AUGGGAAACCAAACAGCCGUGACAGAAUUCUUCCUUGUAGGACUGACAGAUGACCCUGAGAUCCAAGUUAUUCUUUUUAUUUUUCUGCUACUAACUUACCUUUUAAGUUUUACUGGAAAUAUGACCAUCAUCAUUCUCACCCUACUGGAUUCUCAACUCCAGACUCCCAUGUAUUUCUUCCUCCGGAACUUCUCCUUCUUAGAAAUUUCCUUUACGACUGUCUUUGUUCCCAAAAUGCUAGUGAACAUUGGAACAGGGAACAAGACCAUUUCCUUUCCUGGUUGCUUUACUCAAUACUUUUUUGCCAUCUUGUUGGGAGCAACUGAGUUUUAUCUUUUGGCUGCCAUGUCCUAUGACCGCUAUGUGGCCAUCUGUAAGCCCUUGCAUUAUACAAUGAUGAUGAACAAGAAGCUUUGUCUCCAACUCGUCCUCAGCUCCUGGUUCUCUGGCUUCAUGGUUGUUAUUGGGCCACAUAUCAUGACCACAAUGUUGCCAUUCUGUGCAUCCAAUGUCAUCAAUCAUUAUUGUUGUGACUAUACCAUAUUGCUCCAGUUGGCCUGUGCAGACACACACAUCAUAGAGAUGAUUGAGUUUGUCUUGGCUGUGGUGACACUUCUCUUCACAUUAGUGCUAGUAAUUAUCUCCUAUGUAUACAUUAUGGGGACAAUUAUGAGGAUCCCUUCUGCUCAGAAAAGGAAGAAGGCCUUUUCCACCUGCUCCUCCCACAUGAUAGUUGUUUCUCUCUCAUAUGGCAGCUGUAUUUUCAUGUAUGUUAACCCUUCUAUGAAAGAAGCAGCAACUUUUAAUAAGGGAGUAGCAGUGUUGAAUACCUCAGUUGCUCCUUUGUUGAACCCUUUCAUUUACACCCUAAGGAAUCAGCAAGUGAAACGAGCCUUCAAAGACAUGGUCAGAAGAAUAAAGUUCUUCUCUGUAAAAUGA